AUGGAGUUCUCUUUCGAUGUGGACGCCCUGCUGCCGGAGCGGAUCACGGUGCUGGACCAGCACCUGCGACCCCCAGCCCGGCGACCCGGAACCACAACGCCGGCCCGUGUUGACCUGCAGCAGCAAAUUAUGACCAUUGUAGAUGAACUGGGCAAGGCUUCUGCCAAGGCCCAGCAUCUUCCUGCUCCCAUCACCAGUGCAUCAAGGAUGCAGAGCAACCGCCAUGUUAUGUAUGUGCUCAAAGACACUUCAGCGCGACCAGCUGGAAAAGGAGCCAUUAUUGGCUUCCUGAAAGUUGGAUACAAGAAACUCUUUGUGCUGGAUGAUCGUGAGGCUCACAAUGAGGUAGAACCACUUUGCAUUCUGGACUUUUACAUCCAUGAGUCACUUCAACGCCAUGGCCAUGGACGAGAACUCUUCCACUAUAUGUUGCAGAAGGAGCGGGUUGAACCACACCAACUGGCCAUUGACCGACCAUCACAGAAGCUGCUUAAGUUCCUGAAUAAGCAUUACAACCUGGAGACCACAGUCCCACAGGUCAACAACUUUGUGAUCUUCGAAGGCUUCUUUGCCCAUCAGCACCGGCCCCCUGCUCCCUCCCUGAGAGCAUCUCGACAUUCUCGUGCUGCUGUGGUUGAUCCUACACCUGCUGCUCCAGCAAGAAAGCUGCCACCCAAGAGAGCAGAGGGAGACAUUAAGCCAUAUUCCUCUAGUGACCGAGAAUUUCUGAAGGUAGCUGUGGAGCCUCCUUGGCCCCUAAACAGGGCCCCUCGCCGUGCUACACCUCCAGUUCACCCACCCCCCCGCUCCAGCAGCCUGGGAAACUCACCAGAACGGGGUCCCCUCCGCCCCUUUGUGCCAGAGCAGGAGCUGCUGCGUUCCCUGCGCCUCUGCCCUCCACACCCUACUGCCCGCCUUCUGCUUGCUACUGACCCUGGGGGCAGUCCAGCCCAGCGUCGCCGCACCAGCUCCCUUCCCCGCUCUGAUGAGAGUCGAUACUGA